CUUUGAACAACCACAUCGGCAUUCAACAGCACACGAGAUACAGACGCCGAAGCACGAUCAAAAAUUGGAGAAUCUGUUCCUGUUUGCCAAGGACCAAAGAGCAGAUCAUCAGAGGCCACACGAGACCGGCAAGAUGGUGCUCUUCGACGAAGAUCCGGUGGAGCUCAUGGCAGAGGCCACAAACAAAUUUCACAUUACCCCAGACAAAGACUCCCUCACCAGAGUUCACGAAUCUCUACACGCCCUACACCAAGCUCGGGCUCUCCGCCUCGACAACCAAACCACGAUCCUCUCCUCGUUGUCGCGCAAACUCAACAAAGUCCACUCGUCGCACAAUUACGAUGUCGAACGCCACGAUGCAGGCCAACACGCGCAGAAUAUGCUCAAAAUGGACACUGAAAAGUUCCGGAUCGCCAAAGGCGUGAAUGAUGCAGAAAUUAAGAGCGAGAGAUUAUCAGGAGAAUUGGCAGCGCUGAGACAGCAGCUAGAGACUUUGGAGAGGGAGGGUGUAGAAGGUGGAAGGAAGGCAGAUAUGGCGGAGGAUGAGGUCGUCUUGAAACUGCAAUUCUAUCGGAGUCUGGGGAUUGAUGCGAGGAGGGACGAGGGAAAUGGAGACUUCAAGAAGGCUGUGAUCAGGAAUGGGGACAGGGGAGAUGUAACGGUUCUUGACCUGAAGGACGGCAGAGUCGACGUAAACGCGUUUUGGGACGCAUUGUGAGUGCUGGGCGGGCAUUUGCAUUUGGGCUGGCGUACUGGCGUUGAGGAACCAAGAUACCAGGUCUGUUUAUCUAUGACGGUACUCAUGUCUUGCAACGAAUAUUUCACUCGGGAUAUCUGCAUGCUCUUCGCCCCUGAUUUUUCCAUUUGAGCAUUUGUCGAGUACUUUUAUGUUGUUGCCAUUCAUCGCAGUCCAUCUGGAGAACCAUCUGCUAUGCCAAGGGCGGAUGAAUCGGUGAACUGAAGUCACCCGCGGCUUGAUCACCCUUAACCCCCACGGCCUCGUAUUCUGGUCGACUUCACCUGUUGUUGUUUCCUAAGCUCGAAUAUUUCCC